AUGAAGCCCAGCAGAAGGAAGCAGGGAGUUCUCAGAAGAGCAAAGUCAGACCGGCCGCAGGAGAGUAGCAGCAGUGGGGACAGCAGCGAUAGUGGUUCUGAUUCCGACUCCAGCUCCGACCUCAUUGGCCCCCCCAUCCCCUCCAAGCUUGCUACCCACGGAGACCCCGACGACAUUGUGGGGCCCCCACUUCCUCCGGGGUACAGAGGCAGUUUGGCGGACGAUGAUGAUGACGAGGAAGACAUGCAGGACGAAGACAAUGACAACCCAGUCAAAAGAAUUCCAGACACGCAUGAAAUCACACUGCAGCAUGGCACAAAAACGGUAUCCGCUCUGGGCUUGGACCCCUCGGGUGCUCGGCUGGUUACCGGGGGAUACGACUAUGAUGUGAGAUUUUGGGACUUUGCCGGGAUGGAUGCUGCUCUGCAGGCCUUUCCAUCCCUGCAGCCCUGUGAGUGCCACCAGAUAAAGUCCCUGCAGUACAGCGUCACGGGCGAUGUCAUCCUGGUGGUUGCAGGCAGUGCUCAGGCUAAGGUCCUUGACCGGGAUGGCUUCCCGGUUCUGGAGUGCGUGAAGGGGGAUCAGUACAUCGUGGACAUGGCCAACACGAAGGGUCACACUGCAAUGUUGAACAGUGGCUGCUGGCAUCCAAAGAUCAAGGAAGAGUUCCUGACGUGCUCAAACGAUGGUACGGUGCGUACCUGGGACCUGAACUCGGAGAAGAAGCACAAGUCCGUGUUCAAGCCCCGCUCCCUGCAGGGUAAGAGGGUCACCCCCACCUGCUGCUCCUACAGCCGGGACGGAAAGCUCAUUGCGGCCAGUCGUGAGAGCAGGAGAGAGGACGCUGUGUACACUUCAGGCUCCGCCUCCUGCAUCUCAGUCCAGAUCAAGACCGUCUCCCGGGGGCCGAGGCCUGCCCAUGAGCAGGUAUGA